AUGCGCGGCCGCGAAGUUCGCAUCAGUUUGCACAUUUCAAACGAUUGAUUUAAAAUUUCACAAACGUGUGAAGCUAUAAAUAUUUUACGUUCUUUUCGUUGAAAAAGUUAGCAAUGACGUGAAUUUAUUUAAUUUUUUAAAUGUAUUAAACAUUUACCUAAUUGUAUUCCAAACAAUGAAGAAAAACGCAAUAAUGAACUGUCCUCGAACGCCAGCUCCGAUGAGAAAUGCCAGUUUUCUCAUGUCUGCAGCUGCUAUCCUCGAGACCCCCACGCUGUUGAAGAAGCCAGCUUCUUCGACCAGUGUUAAGCCAACCCCGUCCUGUGCUUCGUCCAGCACGGUUCAACCUCCGUCUGCCGCUUCCACAGCUGCGAUGCAGUUUCUGAUGUUCAACCAGAUGCAGGCUACUGGUAGCGGAUCACCCUUUCAGCAAAGUAUGCUCAACAGGACAAACAUGGGCAGCAACACUUCUGGUUUCAAUUUCACCAUCCCCAGCGUACCGGAUAGUACCACAACUGUAACAACAAGAAUUAUAGAGAAUCUUCAAUUUUCAAGCAAUGAAAAUAGUUACAAACGUAAACUAGAUGGAUCCGCCCAGAACAAACCACUUAAAAGAGUAGCCUUUGAACCGCUUCCGCUCAAACCAAACAUAACCCGCAGACAGCAACGAACACUCCCAGCAAUCGGUCCGGCAAAGCAAUCCGCCAAACCACCCAACGAAUCAGGUAAACCAGAUCCGAAAAAGCUUUGCGUCAUUACCGGUUCGGUGGAACACGUAACUAAGCUGACCAAGUACACCGUCGAAGUAUCUCCGCUGGUGGAGGUCUACGCGAACGUACUCAACAUCAAGACUGGUGGGUACGAGUGCGAAAAAAUUCUACUGUUGCGAAACAAGACCGGCCCGGUAAUGCAGGGCGUAUUUUACGAAAUUGACUUCCGUAUGACCGUCCUUAGUGUGGGGGAUUUGGUGCGCUGCGUCGGUCGUUUGACCAACGGUAGUCGGUUGCAGAUUCUGAAGAUUACACCGGCCACCGCGGAGGAAGAGCGGAUGGCGCAGCGUCUUCAAACGGUAUGCGGGUUUACGGCGGCAGUUAAGCGUUGAUUCCUCGAGUUGAGAUAGGAAUAGGUGUCGAUUGAGAUUUAAACGUUUUUCACAUUGAAUGGUAAAAACCAAUUGUUGAUAACUAAUGCAAUAAUGAA